AUGCCAAAAAAAAAUGGGGAGGAUCGGGGGAAGUCGGAGACCAAGGCGCCUCCCAAUGGGAUGCAGACUCCGAGGGAAGCUAGGUUAGGGUGGCGCAUUAGCCUCAUGAGCCUCAUCCAUGGCCAUGAUGGGUCGUUGGCGGCGGCCGAGGUGUCCAUGUAG